CAUAUUAUUACAAAGGCCAGCAAUUAUUGUUAUCUGUGCCUGUUGACUACGAAAAGUAUUACAUACAUUACUUUCACAUGUUUUGCUUAAAACUAUAAAUAUCUGUUCAUUACUCAUUAUAGCUACUAACGAACAGUGACAGCAUAGUAAAUGCGCGGCUCACGUGCCUUGUUUGCUGUACUCAUCACAUUUCGACGUCUUGACUUUAUAUUGACACACUUUCCGAACAAUUUUAGCAAAAACUGUAUAAAAUCUCACGUUUCUAAUAAGUACGUGAAACAAAACAAAGAUUCAUUAGGUACUUGUAGACACGGCUUGUCGUUAAUUUGCAACUUUAAUUACAGGUUGUAUCUAUCCGCUUGUUAUAUUGUGUAUUAUUUACUUAAAAUCUUGUGAGAAUGUAUCGAAUUAAUAUUCUUUAAAGGGCGAUAAUGAACAAAGUUGAUGUUAGUGACGUAGAGCCGGUGUUCGCUCGUUAGUGUCUCUGACAGUGAGCAGUCCUCCUCGUCCUUACGUUUUGCAGUGGCCGCGGAGUUUAUAAAAGGCAGUGAGCGCUAUGCGGGCACAGUUUUGUCCUUACUCAGCUGGAGUGCGCAAUCUCGCAGCUCGAAAUUAGAGCAUCGGGUCAGCGAUACGAGCUACGAGUAAACACGUGUUGUGAAGUGCGAUGGCGGUUCUGCAAGGCCCUUCUCGCAAGCAGGCGGAGCUGAUCGCGCAGGAGCUGGGCGAGACCCCCGGAGACAUCCAGCGCGGGGUGCAGGACCUGCGCAGCAUGCUCGCCGCCUCACCAUACCUGCCGCAGCCGGAGAACGUUGAUAAACGUGUACUGGAGCUGUUUGUACGAGGGUGUCGCAUGGACCUGGACCGCGCUCGCUCCAAGCUGGAGGCAUACUGCCUGGCACGGGCCCGCUUCCGCGACCUCUACGAGCAUCGCUCCCUCACCUGUCCACCUCUCAACGAUGUUUGCAAGUUCAUGGACAUAGUAGUACUUCCAAAACUGACAGACGAAGGCUACCGGAUCACGAUAUUCAGAAUACGAGCGGAGUACCCUGAGAGCUCGGCAGACGUCGCUAAUGCAGUUCGAGCGGUCCUCCUCACCAGUGACGUCAGAAUGUACGAUGAACAUCAAAUUGCAGGGGAUGUAUUUAUUUAUGAGGUAUCUAAUGUCCGCGGCUCGAUCGUAGCUCACGUAGCAGCUGCAGCAAAUGCCGUGAGACGGUCCAUUCAGCUGGCACAGGCUGCAUACCCUCAGAGACUCAAGAGGAUCCAUGUGGUGGGCUCCCCGCCAUUCCUUGCAUCCUCACUCGCACUCAUGCGCAACUGUGUUAACGAAAAGAUCAAAAGACGGUAUUACUUACACCCGAAAGUGGAACAACUACUGGAACAUAUUCCCGCACAAGUGUUACCGAGGGAAUGGGGAGGGGAAGAAGAAAACAUCGAUACACUUGCGAAGAAAUGGAGACGUCGUAUCGAUGAGGUCAGCCCCUACUUGCGCAUCUUUAACGAAGCCUGCAGCACUGCGAAAGUACCCAGCAACGAUGUCGACAUUUACGGCACAGUAGGAGCUUUUAGGAAACUCGAUAUCGAUUAACAUUGUACACUACAGCACUAGGAAUUUUAGGAGCUGACGACCUACUCUGUAGGUAGUAUUUGGUGGUCAUAUGUGGUUGAAUGAAAAGUUCAUUAAUUAAUUCAGGGUGCGUAUGAACUCUACGCUAAAGAACUUACCUAGUAGGUAGGAUAAGUCGUGUCAGCCUGAAAGCCAGUGUGACAUUAUAAUAACAAUAUUGUUUAGUUUAGUAAAUAAAUAAAUAGGAGUUUAUUAUUUAAGGUAUCAAUAGAUUAAGGUAAUCUACUUUAAUACUUUUGUAAUUGUGAUAUUUUGGGAUUAAAUACUUGCUCUUAACAUGUGGGGGCAAUAUAUUAUUUGAUUGUCUUUAAUUUUAAAUAUUCUAGAUAAAUUGUAAACGUACUUUAAAGUUAUUUCCCACAGCCGGUGUCCGUAAACCACUGCUUAACAAUAAUAACUUAAUUAACGGUCUCUGAUUGGGGUGACGCCAACUUGGUUAAAUUCAACGCUAGCAAAACCCAGGCGUGUCUAUUCUCUGCCAAACGGAGUCAAUUUCUGCUUACUCCUACUUUCCGGAAUGUAUCCGUUCCGAUAACUGAUCAUCUUGAGCUUCUUGGCGUGACUUUGACACCCACAAUCAACUUUGGGUCCUUCCUAUAU